AUGCAUCAAGGAUGCAUCCUGUGGGGAAUGAGGGUCCUGAUACCUUCAAAGCUACGCACGAGGGUGCUCGACGAACUCCACUGCGGACAUUCAGGAAUCGUCAGGAUGAAAGAAAUUGCAAGAAGUUACACAUGGUGGCCACGAAUCGACGACGAGCUGGAACAGAUGGUAAAAAGAUGCGACGACUGUCAGGAACAACGCCCUCAACCACCGAAGGCUCCGUUCCAUCCCUGGUCCUGGCCGUCGCGACCAUGGGACCGUGUGCACCUGGAUUUCGCGAGUCCCUUCUUGAGUAAGAACUUUUUAGUCGCGGUGGACGCGCACUACAAGUGGCCGGAGGUGUUUGUGCUCCAGUCAACGACCGCAGCAGCUACUAUACAGUGUGUGCGAGAACUGUUUACGCGAUGGGGUAUCGCGGGUACAAUUGUCACAGACAAUGGACCUCAGUUUUGUGCGGAGUCUUUUCAGAUGUUUCUCAAGCAAAAUGGCGUGAAACACAUAACAUCGGCGCCCUACCACCCAUCAAGUAAUGGGUUGGCAGAGAGGUUCAUCCGGACGUUGAAAGAAGGCCUGAAGAAAGAUCAAAGUCACUCUCUGGAGGUGAGACUUUCUAACCUGCUUUUAGUUUACAGAAACACUCCACAUGCCACAACGGCACAGUCACCCGCAUCGCUCAUGUUGGGACGACCAUUAAGAACCAGACUGGACCUCAUGAAGCCGUCCCUCGACCUCACCGUCCGACAGAAACAAGUAAUACAAUCCUUUACCCGGAGUCCCAGAGGCCGCGUUUUUCAAGUGGGAGAUCCUGUGCGCGUCAGAAACUACCGUGGUGGUGAGAAAUGGGUAAUGGGAAAUGUUGUUGAGAGACCGGGACCCGUGUCAUACAGGGUCAAGGUCAAUUGCCAGAAUGGUACACUUGUCUGGAGGAGGCACGCUGACCACAUGAUAACAGCUGACGUUCCUGCCAAGAAGACAGCCCAAGAAGAAUCGUCAGACCUUUUCCCGUCGGUUCCAAGUGGAUCAGCUACCUUUACCGACAACGCCACCGCUACAGUGGAAACACCACCGUCACCACAGAUGGAACGAAGAUACCCUUCACGUGUACGCAAACCUCCUGACCGCUAUCAGGCUACUUGA